GAGGAGCAUGUUGUGACCACCAUGUCGUUAGAGAUGGAGAAGACCAUCACCAAAAUUAUGUACGAUUUCCAGAGGAACUCUACGUCUGAUGACGACUCUGGCUGCGCCCUGGAGGAGUACGUGUGGGUGCCUCCUGGCCUCAGUCCUGAGCAGGUGCAUCAAUAUUAUAACUGUUUACCCGAGGAAAAGGUCCCCUAUAUAAACAGCCCUGGAGAGAAGUAUCGCAUCAAGCAACUGCUCCACCAGCUGCCUCCGCAUGACAAUGAGGUGCGCUAUUGUAAUGGUUUAGACGAGGAAGAGAAACGUGAACUAAAGAUCUUCAGCAACCAACGGAAGAAGGAUAACUUAGGCAGAGGCAACGCACGCCCCUUUCCUCUCACCAUCAAUGGGGCUAUUUGUGAUAAGUGUGGCGGUCAGAUAAACGGAGGGGACAUAGUUGUUUUCGCUGCUCGAGCCGGCCAUGGGAAGUGUUGGCAUCCCCAGUGCUUUGUGUGCAGCAUGUGUGAGGAACUACUGGUCGAUCUCAUCUACUUCCAUCAGGAUGGCAAGAUCUACUGCGGCAGACACCACGCCGAGAGACUCAAGCCCCGCUGCUGUGCCUGUGAUGAGAUAAUCUUUGCUGAUGAAUGCACCGAGGCGGAGGGCAGGCACUGGCACAUGAGACACUUUUGCUGUUAUGAAUGUGAGACUACGCUGGGGGGACAGCGCUAUAUUAUGAAGGAUGGCCGACCACACUGCUGCAACUGCUUUGAGUCCCUUUACGCAGAGUACUGUGAUGCCUGCGGAGAGCACAUAGGAAUUGACCAGGGCCAGAUGACUUACGAUGGGCAGCACUGGCAUGCUACCGAAGAGUGUUUCUGUUGUGCACACUGUAAGCGCUCCUUGUUGGGACGUCCCUUUUUGCCCAAACAGGGUCAAAUCUACUGCUCACGGUCUUGCAGCGCUGGACAAGAUCCAGAUGAGUCCGAUUCCUCAGACUCAGCCUUCCAGAGUGCCCGGUCUCGUGAGUCCCGUCACAGCACUAAAGUCGGUAAAAAGGAACGCCGUAACGCAGAGCAGGAGCGCAGGAGCGGCGAGGGUCGGCAGUCUGCUCCUCCGAUGCCCGACCGUCUCUCUGCCGAGAUCGACCCACUGUCUGUGCAGAUGGACCGAUUGAGUGUCUCCUCCAGUCAAACUCCCAGCAGGACACCCACCCGCACCCCCAACCGCACCCCAAGCCGCGCCCCGAGUCUGAACCAGGUGUGGAUGAGUCGCGAUGAUCCGUAUGUGCCUUCAGCCUAUGAGGGCCCUCAAAGAGACCCCUCGCCUACACCCGCACCCAUUCAUAUGCUGGGACCCAGACAAGGCUACAACCCAAACACCAAUGCCCACCCCCCAGCUCAGAGUCCAGGGAACCCAGGCAAGAGGCCAGACUCAUGGGGCAAGGAGCAGGGCAAUGCCAAAAGGACGCCUAUGGCAGCACUGAGGGGACAUUCCUUUAAUGAAAACUGGAUGCACCACAGCCAGGAUGAGUUUAGGCCCAACAAACUCCGCACACAGAUGAGCUUCAAUGAAGCGUCCAGUCAGAACCAGGGCUUCUCUGACAAAAGGAGCAUCAGCCUGGGCUUCCAGAGGGAUGGCAGGCCCCCACUGACCCGAAGGAACCACAUCACAGCUAUGAGCUUCAAUGAGCCGCUCACUCCUCUGGAGCAGACGCCACGAGGAUCAAUGGACUCAAUUACUAUGUCCAAUACUGCAGGUAACUCUCUAGAUGGGGGCAGUAAGCGUCAGGAGCAUUUGUCCCGGUUCUCUAUGCCAGAUCUGAGUAAGGACUCUGGAGUGAACGUAUCCGAGAAGAGCAACAUGGGCACCCUCAGCUCUUCAGUCCAGUUUCACAGCACAGAGUCCCUGUCAUCCACUCGGCCUUUCAGUAAUAAUAACAUGUACACUCCUCUCAGAGUGGGUUACCCUUUGGGGUACUGGGAUGGCCCACAGCCCCUCAGUUUUGAGAGUAAAGGUCGUGUUGGCGUGAUGGGCAGCAGUGGGAACCUGCGCAUGCCUCCACUGAGUGACCGAAUGCCCCGGCGGCGUCUGACCACUCAGGACUCAGUGUCUCAGCAGCAGCCUCCACCGCGGCGCCGCAAACACCACAGAGGAAACGGGCAGCACCGCAGCGGGCGGCACAAGCGCUCACGGCGUUCUCGCUCAGACAACGCCCUGCACCUGGUGGCGGACCGCCCCACUCACCAAGUGGAGCCCCCAUACCGCAGGGUGCAAGAGGACUAUGACCGCUUCCCACCAGGACACAGAGAGCUGUUCAGUCUGGACUCUGCAGGCUACAGGCAGCAGAGGCCCUGUCCCCGAACCACCUCUGACCUGACUCUGCACAAUGCGGGCUGGCCUCCUAUGGGCCCAGCCGGGCCGUGCUGGGGAGAGGGUUACAUGGAGGCGGCAGACCCCUGGUGUUCCAGUUGCUCCUCCUCUUCUGAGUCUGAGGAAGAUGAGGGUUACUUCAUGGGAGAGCCCAUCCCCCGCCCUGUGCAACUCUGCUACAUCAACAAUGAGGAACUACGCCACCGCUACAGCCCAUCUGGGAUCGCAGGACAUCACGGACCUCUGCAUGGACCGAUACAUGGCCAAAUGCACACUCGCCAGCGCAGGAAGAGCAAAAACUGUAUCAUCUCCUAG